AUGCCUCCUCAGAUAAAGCAGGACCUGAACCGAUCGGGAUGGGAGUCCACCGAUUUUCCCUCGGUGUGCGAAAACUGCUUACCCGAGAAUCCGUAUGUGCAGAUGCUAAAAGAAGACUAUGGCGCUGAAUGCAAGAUUUGCACGCGACCAUUUACAAUCUUCCGCUGGAAAGCAGACCGCACCGCGCGUACCAAGCGAACCAACAUCUGCCUGACAUGCGCCCGCUUAAAGAACUGUUGCCAAUGCUGUAUGCUCGAUCUCUCAUUCGGUCUACCCAUCGUCAUCCGUGACGCAGCCCUGAAGAUGGUCGCACCCGGCCCGCAAAGCGGGAUCAAUCGAGAAUACUACGCCCAAAACCACGAAAAGGAAAUUGAAGAAGGCCGCGGCGCUAUCGAGGCAUAUGAGAAAACCGAUGAAAAAGCGCGCGAACUGUUGAAACGGUUGGCUAAUAGCGAGCCUUAUUAUAAGAAACAGCGCCGUAUUGGAUCUGCGCCUGAAGAUGAUGAAGAGAAGACGACGACGACGCAGGCGGAAGAGCAGGCCCCGCGACGGAGUAUGUACGGGAAUGGACCUGGUCCAAUUCGUACAAGCGAUACUCGAAGAGGAGGUUCUUUCAAUGGUCGAGGCGGUGGCCGCAGUGGCCGCGGUGGUCGCGCAUUUCCUUCCGCAGCGCAACUCCCUCCGUCAGCCGAGGACAUCAAACCACCGGCCGACCCAAAGAUUACAUCUCUUUUUGUCACGGGCGUGGAGGAUGAUUUGCCUGAAUAUGAAGUCCGUGCAUUUUUCGAACAAUUUGGUCAAUUGCGCUCAUUAAUUUGUUCGCAUCGUGCUCACUGCGCAUUUGUAAACUAUGCGGCUCGCGCCUCGGCUGAAGCUGCUGCGUUACAUUGCCAGGGCAAAGCGGUUGUCAAGGGAUGUCCGCUGCGGGUGCGUUGGGGCAAACCGAAACCCUUGGAUAGUAUGGCUGAUGAGGAGCGACAACGUAACGCCCGUGAGGGUCGGCAGUUAGUUGCGCCCAGUCGCGGUGGUCAGGGUCAACGAGCAAUCACGGCUUCUGGCAGUACUUCCGAGACUGAGAAACACAAAUACGCUGUUGCGCCUCCGCCGGGUAGUGGUGAGGUCCAAUAUGCCAGUUUGUCGGGCGAGUAA